AUGUGCAAACCUGGUGGGGUGCGGCGCUCGCUUACGACGCUAGCAACCUUGGUCGCUCAACACCUUGAGCAGCAUCCUGAACAUAGUGGGCACCCAGUCAUCUCUUUACGUAUCAAUCAAGAUGUUGCAGAUGACCAUAUCAAUCUUAUUGAGGAUCUUCUGAAGGCAGUGUACCAGAGUUUGGAGGAGUACCCGACGCUCCAAAGCGAUGACUCCUACGAUUUUCACAACGAGUAUUGUGAACAUCUUCCGGAAGGCGCCCGAAGGAGAGAGCGGCUGAAACUCAUCCGUAAGGCUGUUAGUGCGCAGCUUGAGGCGACCGAAGAUCCCCAUACGUUCCUGAUCCUUGAUGGCCUCGAUAGAUGUGGUCCAACAUUACGCUACAUGCUGGAAUCAGAGCUCGCAGACCUGCAGCACAGGGGGGUAAAAGUUCUGUUGACCUCUCGUUUGGCUGUUUUUGAGCAAAAGGAAGCUCUGUGCUCUCACGAGCGUCAUGAGGAUAUUGCCGACAACGCGCUGGAUUUGUACCUGCAAUGCCGCAAUUGCCAACGAUUUGCAAUGUGCUUCCCCUGCAAAGACGCACAAAGGAUCUGUGACCGCUGUAACGUUGAGGGCAGUCUCUACGAACCGUAUGAUCACGUCAACAUUAGGGUACGAGUGCCUCAGGAGGCGAUGGCAAAGUUCGUCGCGUGGGAUCUCGAACGCGAGCACGGCGAUCUAGGGCUCAACAGUUCGGCUCGAAAACCACCCCUCUCGCUCUUGGGUGAGAAUCUGUUGUCCAACCAGGCCUCGAAACCCAUCCAAACGCUUGUAGACGACAUCACAGCAUACUCGUACGAGAAUAUAGGAAUAGCCAGAGCAAGACUAGAUCUCGUACAUGACAUGGAAUCUCUCGACAGCGUCCAAGCGAGAAAAGAUCAACUACCAGCUACCAUCAUCGCUUUAUACGAUGUAGGGCUGAGAGGUAUCGAGCAACAGUCUCCGAGUCAACGUGACCUCGCGUUGAAGGCCAUCGCGGCCGUCGCGCGAUAUGACGAUGGAGAAUCGGUUGAAGACUUAUUAGAUCAGUUGCGCGGGCCUGAGAACCCCGAGCUUCGAAGUGGCGAAGAAAUCGUGGAAGCAACAAGAGGCUGGCUUGUCGAUGUCCUGAAAGAUGGCCCUCAAAGAUUGAUGGUUUACAACACCAACUUCAUGUAUUACGUCGAACAACGAUAUCACCGGGGUAUUCAUCGCACAUCAGUACAGAUUGAAACUAACAGCCGUCGAAACACUGCCCGAUUUGAGCUGCAGAACAACUUUAAGGAACCUACAGAAGGCCAGCCGGCUAAAUUGACCAGAGCUGUUACAACCAUGCCGGCUAUAGAAGAAUCGCCAGCCCAUCCCUUCAUUGUUCGGAAAGGUACACUUGUCUGGAACUGA